AUGACUACAGCGUCCGACUAUGCGAAUGCCAACAGGGGCCCAACCAUCUUGGUGGUCCUCUGGGCGUUGACCUCGAUCACAACCAUCAUUGUCAUAGCCAGGCUGCUCAUCAGAGCAAAGGUCAUUCGAAACUUUGGAGUCGAUGACUACCUCAUUGCAGUGUCAACAAUUCUUUCCCUCGCUUACUGUGCGAUCACCACCGCCAAUGUCAUGGUCGGCUAUGGACGCCACCAGAAGUUCCUAUCCACCAGUGCCCUCGAGACGGCCCUCCUGCUCAAUACGGUCAGCUUUGUCUUCGGCAUUCUUUCAUUCACUUUGCCCAAACUGGCAGUGGCCGCCCUGUUGAACCGGAUCAUGAACCCGAGUCGAUUCCAGCGCUUGUCACUGUGGUUCCUGACGGGCUUUACGACCAUCGUUUCGAUCAUCUGCAUUCUGGUACUGUUCACUAUGUGUGAUCCUCCAAAAGCCCUGUGGAAACCAACCCUUGUUGCGGAGGGCGCCAAAUGCAAGGAUCCAUGGAUUUUGAUAAACUAUGCUAUUUUCACAGGAGGUAAGACGCUUGUCACCCUUGUUGAAUGCCUUCCAGCUCUAUCCGCUUUUGUGGACCUGUGUCUUGCUAUCUAUCCAGCUACGGUGCUCCAGAAGCUGCAAAUGACUCUACGGAAGAAAAUUGCUUUAUGUGCAGCGCUCGGACUAGGGUCAGUCGCCUCCGCCAUGGCUAUCAUCAAGUGCACGCAGCUCAAGGGUUUAGCGGAUAAGACGGAUUACACAUACGGAACCGCAGAGCUGGUCAUCUGGACCAAGUACGAUGUCGAGUCCGGCGUGGUGAUCAUCGCAUCCUGUAUCCCUACCCUGCAGCCACUCCUGGAAAUCAUCAUGGGCAAGCGGUCCCUCAGCUCCUUGAGCAACAGUCGCAACAACUAUAAAGGCAGCGGGGUGAACGACUACAGUCACUCCUACGAGCGAAGCAAGCUCUCCAAAGCAUCACGCAAGCAAACCAUCACCACCACCGCCGUCGGCAGUCAAGAAAGUAUCCUGGCCGAUGAGUCCCAGCACAGCGACAACCAUGAACUCAGCCAGAUCCGCCGGACGGACAAUGUGACGAUCCAAUAUGAGACUCGAUCUCCGUCAACAGUUCCGGAAGAGAGAAACUCGUGGUAG